GGCUCCUCCGCGGGUGGCGACAUGAGGAAGAAGCUCGACACGCGAUUCCCGGCGGCUCGGAUUAAGAAAAUUAUGCAAGCUGAUGAGGAUGUCGAGAUUGCUAUGGCUGUGCCUCUUCUUGUUUCUAAGGCAUUGGAACUGUUCCUGCAAGACCUUUGUGAUCGGACAUAUGAUAUAACCUUGAAGAGGGGAGCUAAGACACUGAACUCCUUGCAUUUGAAGCAGUGUGUCCAAACCUUUAACGUAUUUGAUUUCUUGAGCGAAAUUGUGAGCAAGGUUCCUGAUUUAGGUGGUUCUGACGCUGCUGGAGAUGAUCGGUCUGCUGCUAAAAGAAGGAAAAUGGUUGAUGACGGGGAAAAUGACACUGAUGAUGAAUCAAAGAGGAGCCGCAUGAAUGAUACUGGUCACACAGGCAGUGCUGGGAGAGGGAAAGGUAGGGGCAGAGGGAGGGGUCGUGGGCGAGGUGGUCGAGCCUCAGAGGGGGAUGCAACUGUGCAGAAUGAGAAGUUUGAAGUCGAUGGAGACGUUCCUCAGCAGGACAAUUUAAAUCAGGAUCUUGAAGGGACAGAAAAUGGUGACCAUCUCAAUGAAUCAAAAGAUAGCAUUCCUACUCCUAGAUCUGCAGAACCGCCUGUUCGGAACUUUGACCUGAAUGUGGAUUUGGAUGAAAAUGGGGACUCAAAAUCGAUAUUAGCUUCUGGUCCGACCAGUAUAUCAGCAGCUCCCGACGCUGGAUUCAAGCAUGAGGAAUAUCCCGGGUGGUCUCUUUCCGAAGUUGAGAAGAUGGCCAUCGAUCCCAUUCAGCUUGCAAACUUGAAUAGAGGGAUGGAUGAAGAUGAUGAAGACUACGAUGAAGAAGGCUAGGUCAGCAGGGUGUUUUGGUGCUCUUUGUUGAUGCAAAACCAUUAGAUGUGUUUGGAUAGAGGCGUAGACAGCUCACAUGCUAAACUUAGGAAACAUCGUCAAGACAGGGUCGAAACUGACUAGGUACAAGCUCCUUUAGGAAGUUCAUAGUUUAACGGGUCAGAUUGUAUACAUGUACAGAAGCUUUUGAUGGUUGUCACAUGGUGUUGUCAUCACUCAGCUCACCAUUGUCACUAACUUUUUAUCCCUUUUAGUUUGAAAUGUACUGACGCCCUCAAGUCUAUUUCGUGUUACAAUGCAUGAGUGCUGAAUCUUAUA